AUUGAAGGCAAAAUAAAUACAGGGUCUCCUUUAAAAUUAUUUAAUAUUAUUUCCAAAUUGUUGAAUUGGGCAGUUGCCGCCAUCUGUAAAUUUAGCUUCCGUGUCACUUGAGAUUCAUUUUUCUGUAAAAAAGGUUUUGUGGAGCACAUGAGACUCUAUUUAUAGUGCGCUCAGUCAAUGUGACGACAAUGACAUCAAUGCAUUUUGAACCUUUGUUGUUAUGUUUGGCUAACGGACUGUGUGAAGUUUUCGGAUACGGAUUAGUUUUACUACCGAAAUUAUCUGUAAUAAAUUACAGUGGAUUUUAAAAGGGUAUAAUUUUGGGACACUUUGUUCUUUCUUUAAUCUUUACUUUAUAUCUCAAUAUGGCGCCCUUAAAAGUAAUUGGAGCAGGCUAUGGAAGAACAGGCACGGAUAGUCUCCGUAUUGCCUUGAAUACACUGGGAUAUAACACAUAUCACACGAGGGUAUUGUUUUCAGAUCCUACAACCGACACGGACGAUUUUCUGAAUGCCUUCCAUCACAGGGAAGAGGCUGACUGGGACAAGAUAUAUGAAAAUUACAGUGCUGCUGUUGACUGGCCUUCUUGCACUUUUUAUCAAGAUUUGAUAAUGAAGUAUCCUGAAGCCAAAAUCAUUUUAACUGAACGUAGUGCCGAAAGCUGGUAUAAAUCUGUCAAAAACACCGUUCAUGCUGCUCUUAUUGCCUCUGCUUCCGAUCCCAAACAUGACAAAUUCAGAAGGAUGGUAACUGAUGUUUGUGUUGAUGGUGUUCUGAAUGAUCCCAUCAGGUUUGAAGACGAAGAAGCAGUCAAGGCGAUGUUUGUUAAACACAAUGAGGGAGUCAAGAAAUUUGUACCCAAAGAAAAUCUUUUGAUCAUGCAAUUGGGGGAAGGAUGGGAGAGGCUAUGCGAGUUUCUCGGAAAAGAAGUACCUGAUAUACCAUACCCAAGAGUUAACUCUACGCAAGAGUUUCAAGACAGUAAUCUUCUUAUAGAUAAAUAAAAUAUUUUUGUUUGUGUCAAUCC